AUGUCUUUCUCAAACUACUACUUCUUCUUCUUCUUCUUCUUCAUUGUUCUUGCAAUUCCUACUCACCAAAUCUCAUAUUUAGUAACUAAUACUUGUGAAAAAACCUCAUUUUUAGACCUAUGCAUUUCAGUUCUAGGAUCAGCCCCAGAAACAGAUGUAAAAGAUGUGCAAGACUUAGCAAAAUUUGCACUAAAAAUGGCAUCUUUAAAUGGAACUGCAAUGCACAUGCAAAUUUCCUCAUUGUUGAACACAAGUUCAGAUGAAUUCAUCAAGCAAUGCCUCUCAGAUUGCUCUGAAAUUUACAUAGAUGCAACUGAUCAGCUUGAAGAUUCCAUGGUAGCUUUGGAUUUUAAAGCUUUUAAGGAUAUUAAUACAUGGGUCAAUGCUGCAAUCACAGGUUCAGAAACUUGUGAGAAUGGAUUUAAAGAAGAAAAAGGGAUUGUAUCUCCACUGUCUGAUUUAAACCUUAAGUUUAGCCAGCUUUGCGAAAUUUCUUUAGCAAUAGUAAAAAUCUUGGCUACAAGCUAG